AUGAGCCUGGACAUGGCGCAGCCAAAGCUGAUGCAGCGGGAGCAGAGGCUGCAAGGUGAGAGCAAGCCUCCGCCUGCGGAGAGUGCAGAUGUGGGGCAGGCGUCGGCCUUUGUGGCCAAGCACAUGCACUAUGGGAGCUCACGAGGGAGCAAGGGCAGCUCACGGGAGCACGGAGGUAGCUCCGAGUCAGACUCGCGGAGUUGUUACCGGUGUGGCGAGACCGGCCACAUAAAGAUGAACUGCAAGCACCGCAAUGCGGACUGCGAAAAUUGCGGCAAGCGGGGACACUUAAAGGCAGUGUGCAGGCAGCCGGCAGGGAGAGCCGAACGGGCAUACACAGUCAAGGAGGGAGCAGACGUGCGCGGCGUGGCCUUCACAGCGUGGCAGGGUAGCGCUGGAGCACAGACGGGGGUUUGGCUGGUAGAUUCUGGCAGCACGCAGCACAUUACGGGUGAUCGGAGCAAGUUUGUGAGCUACACGAAGCUCGGACAGCCGGAGGUGAUUGAGGGGAUUGGGGGAGAGCCCCUGACAGCGGUCGAAGUUGGGGUGGUCGAGCUGCAGUGCAUGAACCCCAAGCGGAGUGGGCACCGUGACGUUGUACGAGCAAAGCCGGUAGAGGGGGUGUGGGUCUUUGACGAACCCCCCCGAUAUUCGAUGGACGGAGCGAAGAAGGCCCCGGCGGCGGCGCAAAAGAAGGCGCAAGCGGAAAGCGUGAAGGAAAAACGGGAGGAGCUCGUGGAGAUUGAGCUCGAGUUUGACGAGGCCGGAGAAGAGGCUCAAGCGGAGAAAGCAAAGAACGGGGCAACGGGGGAGCCGAUAGCGAAGACCCCGGCAAACAAGGCGACGGGAAAGAAGAGGGGAACCGGGGCGGCGGCAACGGAAGCCGUGGAGAUCGACGAGAUUGACCUCCGGGGGAGCAACUCGGAGAACGAGAAGACACCGGAGAAGAACGACAAGCGGCGCUAUCCGGAAAGAGUCCGGAAGCCGGCGACUUGGCUCGAGGCGGCUAAGGGGACGGGAAGCGCGGAGAAGGGCUGA